GAGCGUUCUCGCAGCGCUUUCCCGGGUCACUGCUCCCCGGCCGCCCCGCGGAGCACACGCCCGGCGCCGUUGGCAGCUAACGCCUCCAAAAUGGCAGAGCAACUUUCUCCGGGGCAGUCGGCCGAUCAGGUGUGCACCUUCCUCUUCAAAAAGCCCGGGCGGAAAGGUGCUGCGGGCCGGAGGAAGCGCCCAGUCUGCGAGCGCGAGCCGGAGGAGAGCAGCAGCAGUGGCGAGGAAAGCAGCCCCGUGGUUCGGCCGGAGAAGAAACGGACGAUCCACAAUCCGAUGAUACAGAAGACGCGUGGCAGCGGGAGACAAAAGGCGGCUUACGACCACGUGAGCAGCGAGGAGGAGAACGAGCCCGAGAGUGUAGGUGUGGUCUACAAGUCCACCCGCUCUGCGAAACCCGUGGGGCCCGAGGAUAUGGGAGCGACCGCAGUCUACGAGCUCGAUACCGAGAAAGAGCGCGAUGCACAAGCCAUCUUUGAGCGCAACCAGAAAAUCCAGGAGGAGCUGAGGGGCAAGGAAGAUGACAAGAUCUAUCGGGGAAUCAACAAUUAUCAGAAAUUCAUGAAGCCCAAGGAUACGUCAAUGGGCAAUGCCUCCUCCGGAAUGGCCAGGAAAGGUCCCAUUCGCGCGCCCGAGCAUCUUCGUGCCACGGUGCGCUGGGACUACCAGCCAGACAUCUGUAAGGACUACAAGGAGACCGGCUUCUGCGGCUUCGGAGACAGCUGCAAGUUCCUCCACGAUCGUUCAGAUUACAAGCAUGGGUGGCAGAUCGAACGUGAGCUUGAUGAGGGUCGCUAUGGCGUCUAUGAGGAUGAAAACUAUGAAGUAGGAAGCGACGAUGAGGAAAUACCAUUCAAGUGUUUCAUCUGCCGCCAGACCUUCCAAAACCCCGUUGUCACCAAAUGCAGGCAUUAUUUCUGCGAGCGCUGUGCACUGCAGCAUUUCCGCACCACCCCUCGUUGCUAUGUCUGUGACCAGCAGACCAAUGGCGUCUUCAAUCCAGCGAAAGAAUUGAUUGCCAAACUGGAGAAAUACCAAGCUGCUGGAGCGGGUGGGCCUCCCGACUUCCCAGAAGACCCCGAGGAGGACCCAAUCCCCAUUACUUAAAUUCCUCCUGAUUUUGGAAAUCUCAGAAUAAAUGUUUUGUGGUUUUGGAAA